AUGCCGAUGAUAGGCGCUGUCUUCGCUAUUAUUACUUCGAUUUUAUUCCACGAGAGUCUAUGUCAUCAUUCCGGAGCACCGACUUCUCAAUGUGAAAGCAUGGCACCAGGUCAUACGGCUGCUGCUCAAGCAGGAGCAAGUCCGUACGAAGUUAAGGUGAAAAGACCAUAUUAUAUGCCAGGAGAAAAUGUCACAGUUUCCAUCGAAAGUUCGGGUGAUAAUAUCAAAGGCUACCUGAUCCAAGCAAGACAAGUAGGAGGAAACUUGGCGAUUGGAAUGUUUGCGGAGGAUCCCGUAAAUGGGAAGCACCUGAAUUGUGGCAACAGCAAGGUAAAAUUUAAAUUAUAUUCUCAAAGUAGAACGGAAAAAGCUAUAUAG